AUGAUGACCUCAUCCCGGCCCCGCAACGAGAUUCCCGGCGGCUUUAGCAGUCGGCGCGGUCACGCCAGCCAACUCUCCAUCUCAGACCCGAGCCACCAUGUCACCGAAGCCAUCGGCACCCUCUACGGGGACGAGGAUGACUCUGGCUCCGAAGGCGGGCGGCCCUUGAGUUUCGUUGGUGGAUCUUCUUACAGUGAGCAGUUGCAGCGGUCGUCGUCGUCACUUCCGGAGCCCCAUGAACAAGAAGAAUCUCGUCAACACACCGGCGAGGCAUCGAGGCGGUGCUCCGUUCCUGACCAGCCGCUCGACUCGCCAACAUCCCCGCCCGAACAUGGCAGCCUCAAAAAGUCACACACCACCCUCGUGCCCCCCUCCUCGCAGCGAAGCGGCAGUCCUCACGACAAGCCGCCUGCCUCCCCGACAUUGUCCCUGCGUGACAUGCAGGCAGACUCGACUGGCUCCCAGUUUCCCUUGACCAACAUCGACAACCCAAGCGACAUCGCUCAAGAACUGAGCAACCUGCAGGCGCUGAGGAGACUAUCGAUGGACGUUGGAAACUACAUUGACCCGGAUAUGCCCCCCGCGAGUCUCACAUCGAUGCCCGCGGCGGCCCCCAGCGGCGACGAUGACGAGAACGAUCCCUCGAGGCUGCUCUGGGUCCCGGCCAGGGUCCACCCGGAGCUUGCCCCGACAGAGUUCAAGUCAUUUUUGGAGAAGCGUGUCCAAUCGAUUAGGCGACGAUCCGGGGACCAUUUUCUUGUCAUCGAUGGUGAUCCGAGCUCAGGUGGCCCCGGGGAAAGGUCUACGCAGGUCAACACGAACCACGUAUCGCAAGGGCGGCAGUUUCCGCUCGGGAGACCGAGGUUCACACCCGAGACGCAUCGUCCAGCGACAGUCAGAUGGUGA